AGUGUGCGUUUCGGUCGCCUCAAGAAUAAUAUGACGCUGGACUGAGGCGCCACCGGGAUGAAAAGCCUCGUAGCCCAAAAGUAGUCGGUCAAUCUGCGACAUCGUCGUCGGCCUACCAGCCGUGAACAACACAUCACGACCCCCCGACCAGUUUACUGUGCUCGGUGGACCCUUGAACCGCACGGGCCUGACGAGUCCACGCCUGCUGCUGCUCGUCGGCCUGACUGCAAGAUGUCCGUCAACGAUGUUGAAAGCGUCCAUGACUCUGGGAACCCACUUCAGCACGAUUGUCAACAAUCGUCCCAGCAGUGUUCGCACAACACCCUUCAGAGUCAUCCCAACGUUGCGUCCAUAGCCUCGUCCUCUCUAUUCCCUAUUCUCCCAGCGGACGCAUUUUCUCGUUACCCAGCAGUGGGUUCGCAUGCGCAAUCACUGUCGUUGUCGGUCGAUCCCCCGAACAAGCAUCACGAUCCACCGUCCGCCGCUAACCACCUAUCCUCCGAUCCCCACGAAUACUAUAAGCAACGUUUGGAGUCAUCACUUCAGCAGCAUGACGAUAUCCUAACCCAGCAUAUUGAUUCCUCCAUCUCGUUUCAUGGCGGCAUGAGUGUUGCCACAUACCCGAAACCCGUUGUGCCGGCGCAGUCAGAUUCAACCCCACCGGGCGCAGUACACUCGACACAAUAUCGCUCUGUCUCCAGCACUUCGAAUAGAGCUGUAAGUGACGGUUCGAGGUCACUGCCCAGGAAACCUCGAUCCCGACAGCCAUCGUUCAAAGACCUGAUCGAGAAGUUUAACAAAACGGUUGAUGAAGUACCACCGGUACCGCUGGUCUCGAGUUCGAGAGCGACAUCCAGAGCCACAAGUCCAGUUGGUAGUGUGAGAGGUCCCCCAUCCCGCGCGUCAUCAGUUUCCCAAUCCGGAACGCGUCCGUGGGACAGACAGGACAGCAGUUUCAUCCGACGGAGGCAACCAAGCGACAAGAUAGAAGAGGGGGUAUUGACGAUUUCGAAGUCGCGCACCUAUUGCGAGCGCCUGGCCAGCUCGGGCGCUUCCCUAAAUCCUGUUUCCAGCCAGUCGUUGGGAGACGUGCAUCCGUCGGACAAACCGAAUCGUCGACCUCUGUUCGGGGAGUUACUGGCGGUUGAUACUUCUGUCAACGAUCCAGGAUAUGGGAUACCGUCAUAUCCGCGGCGAAGAGGUUCUGAGGGGAGCAUAUACCGACCAUAUUCGAGAACCCUAGACAGCUCUCUCGAACAGGGAACUGAUAUAUCACCUUCGUCGCCUACGGCGUGGUACUUAGGAUACGCGCCGUCUCUGGAGACCGUUAGAAUCGGCCUGGACCCACACAGUCAUCGAAGAGCGAGAAGCGACUUGUUAAGCAGUGGUUCGAAAUCCCCGGUUACGAGUUCUUCGAGUGCUCAUAUGGCGGUCGCCUCGCCCAAGGAAUCCGCGUCUGCGUCCUUCGCGGACACCCCACAUUCCAAGUCGCGCAUCCCCUUAUCGUCCAACCGACUCAGUCACGCUUCUGAUUCGGGCAACUCAUCUCCAACAAGGGCAAACUCGUCUACCGGUCUACGUUCUCCUACCUCGCCCAAUCGUGGGGCUCUACCUCCCAAGGGGAGCAGUCGGUUGCCCAAGCCGUCUGCCAGAUCGCCCACGCAGGUGCGGACUGCUCCCUCACGUCUUCCUACUAUCACUUCUCCUCAAAGACAAGAGAAAACGCGCGGCUACAGCCGUCAACCCCCACAGCCCGCGAAGAAUUCCCUUUUGCAGGCGUACAUAAGUGCCCCUCCUCCGAAGAAGUCUCCCCCGUUACGGAGCUCAAGACCUCGCCAGCCGGUGUCGGAAGCAUCUACAUCAUCGUCUCGAGCAAAGGUGGUGGAUAGGAUAUCUGGCCUUCAGAAACAGGAUGACUACGAUAGAAAUGGUAGAGUCCCUCGACAGAGGGCGCGAAUGCUCCCGGAACUAGGCACUGUGGACUUUGCUGCCAGGCGACAAAAGAUUCAGCAGGCAUUCAAUAAGACAGUCGAGGAAAAUGCAAAAAGAGAAGAAGCCGUCGAGCUUCGUCGUCGAGCGAGGGCUAAGGAGAACGAGGAGAACAAGCGGAAACUCGAGCAGAAGGAGAUGGAAAGCAGCGCAGAGCUACUUCUGCCGGCCACCGUUUAUACGCCUCCUCAGGACUCCAAACCCCAGGAGGAGCUCAAUGUGGGCGAUCAGCAAGGGGGAAUCGGUCCCAUGCAGGAACAAGCGACGCCAGCACCUCAACUCACAGUUGAUCCAGCUGAGCUCCCGCGGGAGCAGAGUCGGCUUGAUUUUGGGGAUUCUCCAACCUUAGGACUGCCAUUGAAUAUCGGCCAUGGAAGUGAGCAGGGGCGCUUAGACGCGCAUAGCUCUAACAUGGCAUCUUCUGGAUGGGCAGCGCCUUCUGAUGACACCGACACCACCAAUUUUGACCCUGAACCGCAAGCAGGAUUGUCUUACGCAGAUGCGUCGCACCGGACAGUACUGAGCCAGAUCAUGCAGAUGCGAGAAUCCAGUCCGAGCAGCCCGACAUCCUCAGAGGAUAACGGAUAUACAUCUUCCGACCGUGAUGAUAAGGAAUCGAUACAGAUUAUGCUGAGAGACUCGACCUAUUUCGCCCAGUCGGUUGACAGCAGUGAAAACCAAAGACGACCACGAAUGUACGAGGACCACGGCCAUAUGAGCGACGAGCUACGGAAUAGAUGGAGCAUGAGCUCGUGGUCUUCGGCACAUAAUCGGCAUUCUACGGACGAGACCGUCGAAACAGGGGAUGAGUGCCCUUCUGACAUGCAGCAGAGCAUUGAAGUUGGAUUGGCACCAGAAGAACUUGAGAGGACUCCUCAACCUUGGUCUUUUCAGGAAUUCCCGCCUUCGAACAUUGACCCUCGGGGAGGCACGUCCCACGCGACUGGUAAUCCCCACGAGACACGCAAUGGAGCCCCCGCGUAUCAUCCUCAAGGUAUCUCAUACCGCCAUAGUCUAGCUAGACAAGGAGGAUGGGACUCGAGGCGUGUGUCUCAACUAUAUCUGGAAGAGCUUACUCGAGGCAAGAUAAAUAUAUCUGCCCCGUCAGUUUCUAAGUUCUCUGAAGACUCCCCCGAUCUGUCUAAUCAAGCAGAAUCCACCGACAGAACAGACAGUCUCACCGACGACGCAGUUUUGGUGUCGAAGACCGAGGGCAUGUCGGAACCUGAACACAUAGAGCAUAGGGCGAGCCUGGUUCUGCGAGAUGACUGGGAACGCGCAUCACCGUCAAUCGCUGACUGGAUGCAAAUCGCUGCAGAGGAUAGGCCGCAAGUGUCAGCGACGAAUGAUCGAGACGAGGGUCUUCCUGAAGCGGACUCCAUAUCGUAUCCUGCUAUUUCCAACCGACAGCAAGCUUCUGCUUUCGGCGGUCCCGGGGAAGGGCUUGGAUUAUCAAUAGAAGUGCCGUCUCCCCAAGAAGGCGACGUGCCAGCGAUGCCACCUCCACCUCCGUUACCGGAUCAUUCGCCUCCUCCGCCUCCCCCCGUGGCUCAGAUGGGAAAUAUCGUUCCGCAACCGCAGCCUCAGCAGCCCGUACAGCCAUCACCCAGUAUUUAUUCGAGCCAUCCUCCAUCAAGUAUUUUCUCCAGCGUGCCACCAGAGGUCGCCAACUAUUAUCGGAGUGCAAGGAAUAGUGAGGAAGCGUAUCUGCGUUACUCUGGCUAUGCCAGUCUGCCCCAGACCUUGAAAUCUGCCGAUACAACCCAGGCUACGUCUGUCGAUAACACUACGGUCGAAGUCAAACGCGGCACACCUUCUCCCGAGCAGCGUCGUCUCAAGAAGCGUCGCCACGUCAUCAAAGAGCUUGUGGACACAGAAUACUCCUUUGGACGUGAUAUGAAGGUCGUUGAUGAUAUCUAUAAAGGCACGUCUAGUUCCUGUUUAGAUCUGUCUGCAGAGGAUGUCAAGACACUCUUCAGCAACUCCGACCAGAUAGUGCAGUUCUCCAUGACCUUCCAAGAUGCGCUGAAAAGCGCUGCGAGGAGCGUCUACGUGAUGCCGAAGUCCCAGCGGUGGAGCAGCAAGCGUCGCAGCAGGGCAACUCAGGCGAGCACGCCAUCAGAAGACAACCUAGAUGUAGACGUGUCUGAGGCGGAGAAAGAUUGGCUGACUUCCAUCGGUCAAGCCUUCGUGACAAAUAUGUCCCAGAUGGAGAAGGUGUACGCUGAUUACUUGAAGAACCACGACGCCGCAAACAAGAAGCUCGAGACCCUCCAGCGAAACCCGAAAGUUGCCAUCUGGCUCAAGGAGUGUCGUGAGUGGGCCUCUGAUCUAACCUCAGCGUGGAAUUUGGAUUCACUGCUCGUGAAGCCGGUGCAGCGGAUCCUCAAGUAUCCGCUCCUCUUGACCGAGCUUCUGAAUGCAACGCCAGAAGACCACCCUGAUCGUGCAGCGAUCAUGGCUGCUCUCGAAGGCGUGACAAAUAUCUCAGUGAAGAUCAAUGAAAUGAAAAAGCGUGCUGAUGUUGUUGGCCAAGUGGUUAGUCGCAAACGAAAGGAGUCAGAUGUUAGGGUUGGCUUGUCAAAGGCCUUCGGCCGUCGCACUGAGAAGUUCAGGCAACAAGUUGGCCUUUCCGAUAUGUUCGAAGACAAAAACUACGAUAUCCUGGCGCAGAAGUUCAGCGACAGCUUCUUUCAGCUCCAGGUGGUUAUGCGAGACGUGGAAAUGUAUACGCAAGAGGUUCAAAGCUCCAUGGAACGGUUUACAGAUUUCAUCGUUGCUAUUGAAGGAUAUAUCGACGUGGCCCAAUCCAACUAUACUGAGCUUGAGAGCAAAUGGCGACGUUUCAGGCUAGCCGUCCGAGAGAUCAUGGCAGUAGCGUUACCUGAUCAUAUUGGAACUGUUCGCAAAAGCGUUAUCGAGCCUAUGAUCACUCUGCUUAAACUCCACGACGGACCGCAGCGAGUCAUGCAUAAACGCAACAAACGGCUGAUGGACUAUACGCGAUUCAAAGCUCUCAAAGAUCGUGGCGACAAGCCCGACAAGAAGACGACCGAGCAGGGGGAACAGUUCGUCGCGCUCAAUGAAGCUCUCAAAGAUGAACUGCCGAAGCUUUUCGCACUGACAGCUAAAUUGAUUGAAUCAUGCCUGACCAACUUCGUCCAGAUACAGGCAGCUUGGUUUAGUCUACUGCAAAAGAAGCUUGGGUACUUGAUCGAUCGAUUCCCUGAAGAACUAAACCAAGUCAUCAGCGACUGGGCCAGUGAUUUCGAUUUUGCCGAGGCACAAGUUCUUUCACUCGGUAUCUGCAACGGUUCCUUGCUUGCGGAAGCUAUCAACCUGGUCAACUUCAACACCCCGUCAACUGGGCCCGAUGCGACUUCGCCGCGACGGCCUUCUACCAUCAACAGCUCCAACACCCGUUCGACUUCGCUGAAUACGGAUGGUUCACCACAGGUUACUCGUGAACAUUCUGGGGGCCGAGACUCUGUUCAGUCUCCGCCUACCGAUGGCCUAUCGCAGCGUUCAAGUGGUUCACAGGUGCAUCUUAUCAAUGGUGCACGCAAUCGGGCCAGUUCUUCCGUCUCAGCACGAGUCGUACCUCCGGCAGCCCCGGAGAUGCCCACUUCACAAUCUGCACAAGCUUUGCAAUCUAUGUCUACACCAUCGGCUGCAUCCACUUGCCCCGGUACUAGUUCCGGUCAAGCUGGGGAGCCUUUCCCUUCUCUACCAAGACUCAGCCUCGAGACCCCAUUCCUGCACGAUCUUCUCACCAAUCCCCCGGAGAAUAAUGAAGCAGCGGCCGCUGUGGAUCCUUCUUCUCCUGGUGGUCGUUACUCUGGGUUCUUCUCAUCCGCCAUGCCCAUGUCGGACUCUCCCCGCCAGGAUAACCCCACAGACCCGGGUCAAGCGAGAGAUCCCAAGGUCUUGUUUCUGGCCGCGAGUAUCUAUGAAUUCAAUAUCGAUCGCGCGAGAAGAGAAGCCGGCUAUCCUUAUCUGACCUACGUUGCCGGUGAGAUAUUCGAUGUUAUUGCUGAGAAAGGCGAGUUGUGGCUUGCACGAAACCAGGACGAUCCUACUCAUCAAGUUGGAUGGAUAUGGAACAAGCACUUUGCCAAACUUGCAGCCUAGGUCGGACUCUUCGAUACAUUCCAUCGGCCUGCCUCCCAGACCGCACUAUCAUAAAAAAUCCACUUCCGACGUGGUAUCCUUUGAUUGUAUUCCCUUCACUUGGGGAACAGUU